AUGUCCGGGCGUGUCAGAAGGCCGCUCACUCCCGUUUUCCUCCUUCUCCUCCUCCUCCUCUCCGGAGUUUUAAGGGGAAUCCUGUUGCUGCUCCCUGGAUUUCCACCCCGCCCUCGUUCCUCUCAGGGCCGCUCACUCCCGUUUUCCUCCUUCUCCUCCUCCUCCUCUCCCCUCUCCCUCCCCCUCCCAGCAGCUCAGGGGCUGGUGAGCGAAAAGGCAGAGUCAGAGGACGGAGCAGCCGAGCCCGGCGAGGGUCCAGGGGUGGUCUCGGAGCGGGAGAAGCCCCUCGGCUCCCACCGGCGCAAAGCCAAGCGCCCGGACCGGGCCGUGCCCCCCGGAGCCGCCGCGGUGGUGCCCAAACCCGAGCCCGAGGAGGGGCCGUGCCGGGAUCGGUGCCGGGAUCGGCCCUUCGGCUGCGCCGACUGCGGGAAGAGCUUCCCGUGGGCCUCCCACCUGGAGCGGCACCGGCGCGUCCACACCGGCGAGCGGCCCUUCGGCUGCCCCGAGUGCGGCGAGACCUACAGCCAGAGCUCGCACCUGCGGCAGCACCGGCGCGGCCACGCCGGCGACCGCCCGCACCGGGGAGGCCGGGGCGGCCGACGCUUCCCCGGCGCGGCCCCGCGGCCCCACCGCUGCGGCGACUGCGGCAAGGCCUUCGCCUGGGCCUCGCACCUCGAGCGCCACCGGCGCGUCCACACCGGCGAGCGGCCCUUCGGCUGCGGCGAGUGCGGCGAGCGCUUCAGCCAGGCCUCCCACCUGGCCAAGCACCGGCGCGGCCACUCCGCCGCCGCCGAGCGGCCUCACCGCUGCCCGGCCUGCGGCAAGACCUUCCGGCAGAGCGCGGAGCUGGCGCGGCACCGGGGCGCCCACCUGGGCCGGCGGGCCCUGCGCUGCGGCCACUGCGGGCGCCUGUUCCGCGCCGGGCCGGCGCUGGCGCGGCACCAGCGCCGCCGCCACCGGCCCGAGCGCUCGCACCGCUGCGCCGACUGCGGCAAGGCCUUCGCCUGGGCCUCGCACCUCGAGCGCCACCGGCGCGUCCACACCGGCGAGCGGCCCUUCCCCUGCGGCAGCUGCGGCGGGCGCUUCGCCCAGAAGGCCCACCUGCUGCAGCACCGCAAGACCCACUCGCCCGACCGGCCCUACAAGUGCGGCGACUGCGGGAAGCGCUUCGGCGAGGCCGCCCCGUUCCUGGCGCACCAGCGCGGCCACGCCGCCCGCAAGGGCUUCGCCUGCGGCCUCUGCGGGAAGGGCUUCGCCUGGGCCUCGCACCUCGAGCGCCACCGGCGCGUCCACACCGGGGAGAGGCCCUUCGGCUGCCCCGAGUGCGGCGAGGCCUUCAGCCAGGCCUCCCACCUCGCCAAGCACCGCCGCAGCCACCUGCACAAGGCCGCGGGGCCGCCCCUCGCCGGGACCCGGCCCCAGGUCGGGGACGAGCCCCAAGUCAUCACGGACUCACCGGGAGCCCAUGGCGGCGAGGAGGCCUCAGGGGCUGAGAGACCCUGA